UUGGAAAUAAAUGAGCAAAAAAUAUCGAAACGAAAGCCGAACCUAUAAAGCAAUACCUUUACUCAACAAGAAGAACAAAAGUGUUCAUUCGACAUUGAAUUCCUUGUAUAAUAAUACUUCAGAUAAAGUGGAGAACACUGAUUCGAAUGUUUUGGGAAUAAAACUGUUGUCAAAGAGCCCAGCAUUCCAAAACCUAAAGCUUGGCAACAGAAGCAGUAAAAAUAGCAACUUGAAAACCUUUUAUAAUACGAAUAUUAAGGGCGUUAAUAUGACUGCAAGAGUUUCAAAGCCUAGUUCAGAAGUUACUAGUCGGAUAACAAUGGAUAAGAUAAAAUCUGACUACAACUUCUCCAUAACUGCUAGGAAGGACCAAGGAAGAAUGACUGUUACAGGUUUUAAUGAUAAAUACUCAAUGAAAAUGACAAGAGAACGUUCAACGCCUGUUAUUACUACAAAGGACUCUUAUAUGAAAAACCCUAAUAUCUGGAAAGGAAGUCUUGAUAACUUUAACUUAAAGAAGAAGCCCUUUAAGGAUGUUGAAGUUCCUAAAUUCACCGUAAACAAUCACAGAAGGCCAUCAAUUCGAGAUCAGGAUAUAAUAACUCGCUAUACAAUGAUUAGGAAUAAUAAUUCACAAAUGGCAAAGGAAAACCAGAAGAAAGCUGACAAAAAUGAAAAGAAAGGCAAAAAUUAUAGUCUGAAGGAUGACCCUAAUCUUCAGAAUUUGUCAAAAGCCAUUAAUUUUAAAUCAAAAGAUAUCGAGAAUUAUCUAUGGAAGGGUUCAAGUAGCGCCAUCCCUUCUCUAGAGUUAUUGAAGAGAAGAAUGUUAGCAAAUCAUGAGAGUUUGGUGAAUGUUCCAUCCUCUAUGGUUUCAACUUUUGACGAUCUGAAGGACUUUAGAGAGUUUUGAUAUGAAAAUUCUAAAGAAACAUGAAGAGCAAUGUUAGAAUUUCAAACCUCCUUCCUAGUCUUUGUUGAAAAACAAAUGACUACUCACUCUAAACUUGGACAGGAAAAUGAGGAUUUGAAAGCUGAAAACGAAAGGCUAAAAGCUCUUCUGAAAGAAUCUGGAUAAACUGCAU